CCCACACAUGAGACUUGAAGUCCACACAUCUCCACAACCGAGACUCGCCUAGUGUGGUAGUCUGCACAUUCCGGCUUCUCGGUUUCGAAAGGCAGCGUGCGACAGGAUUCUUAUCUCUUCGUCUUAUAACCCAAGUUGGCAGGGCUCCCUCUGAGCAGCGAGCUCCUGGCGGAGCUACGGUAUAGGUUGCGGUGAGGCGCGGGGCGGAGGAAAGAUAUAAACGUGGCUGAGGGGUAGGUUAGGAGGCUUGGUUGAGUCUUCCUCAAAGAGGCUAAGCGAGAAGAGCGAGCAGGCUAAGAGGCAGCUCCUGGGAGAGCCGGCCGGGAUGAAUGCUGCGGCGUGGGCGCUGCUGGGCUGGAUGCUGAGCAGAAAGAGCUUCCAGGGAGAAGCCCAGUUGCCUAUCAAAUGCUAUAAAGAAGAUGGGCCUCAUCCUGAGUUGGAACAAGAACAUAGAUUCACACCAGCAGAUCUUUUUAAUAUCAGCAUCAAGAUUGUUGAAAUACAAGGAAUAUGCAAAUUUAACAUAAGUUGGAUCCUUAAUGAAGAUGCCAGUAUACAAUACUUGAAGGCAACCAAGAUAUGUGAAUCCCGUGAAGGCUGUAUUCGAUGUGAUUACCUAGAAGCAUUUCAAAGUCAAACCAUGUCUAAGCAUAAAAAAUGGCAAUUCAACUUUGUUGGAUUCUCUGUAGAAGAAAAUACUAAGUACUUCAUUGAUGCUUACAACCUUCCACCAGCAAAUAUAGAUCAAGAUCAUUCAAAAACACAGAUGAAUCUAACUUCUCCAGACUGUGAAGAUAAUAGUUUGAAAUAUUGCCAAAAAUGUAUAGAAAAAGGGAGUUUAUGGAAUCCACAUAUAACAAUAUGUAACAGGGAAUUUGAACUAGAAGUGAAUUUUACACCUAGUAACUUUUGUUCCAAAUAUAAAAUCCAUCUUUGUGACUCUGAUGAAUGCGAUAAUUCAAUUCUUCAUGUUGUGCCUAAUACCAAGGGAAACAAUAUUAGAGUUUCUGAAAAAAUAAGAAUGAGUGAUCAAGAAAGAAACUUAAUAUUUAAAGAGCUAAUUCCUUAUUUUCCAGGAUGUCAAAAUGACUGCAAAAGAUACUCAUAUUAUCAAACAGUUUGCACCGAAGAACCUAUCCCUGAACCAAAAGCUACAGACAGACCAGAUAUGGGAAAAAUAUAUGCUGGCCUAUCCAUCGCUUUACUUCUGAUAGUGUGCAUAGUUGCUGCUGUGCUUUAUUUCAAGAGUAGGCAUGGUCCAGCAAGUAAUCUGGCUCAAUUCCAUCCUAUAACAGCGCAAACACCCAUAACAAUUCUUAUUGUAUAUUCUCAAGAAGCCUGUUUACAGCAUACCGUCCUAAGUUUUGCUGAAUUUCUACAGGAAUACUGUCAAAGUAAUGUUAUAAUAGACCUGUGGCAAAAACGGAGAAUUGCUGAAAUAGGACCUGUGCAAUGGCUUGCUACUCAGAAAGAAAUUGCUGAUAAAGUCAUUUUUCUUUGCCCAACCCACUCAAGUGCUUCAUGUGAUUCAACCUGUAAUAGCAUUAUAGAAAACCAGAAGGAUUCUGAAUGUAUGUUCACUCUUGCAUUACACUUCUUCUGCAGUGAUUGGAAGAUGGAUUCUUCUCUUUGCAAAUACAUGGUAGUUUCUUUCAAUGAAACCCAUCCAGACCCAGUUCUCCCAAGCCCAUUGAGCAUCUGCCCAAACUAUUUUUUAAUGAAAGAUAUAGACUCUUUUUAUAGAGACCUUUACGUUUUACAAAAUCAGAGACAUAAAGCUGCAAAGGAGAAGUGGAACUGGAAAUUUAGGAUUAGACCUGGAUUGCAGGUAUAGUAUUAAAACAGGGAUUGUUACUCUUUUUUCUCUUCUAACUGUAACAGUGAAUUAAUAUUGUAAGUUGGAAAUAUUCAUACAUUUUGCAUCCAUAAUACUUGUACACUAUUUUUAUACUUUUACUGCUUUAAUAUACAAAAAUAACAAAAACAAUACAAAAAUUAAAUAUUGGUAUAAAAGUUAAUAAAAAAGGUAGAAACAGGGAAUAGUAAAAUGCAUAAAUAAUUACUUUUAAUCAAUGGAUUACACCAUGAUCACAUGUAAUAAUAUUAGUUUGUCCAGUAUAUUACUAGAAAGCCAAUGCAAAGGUGGAAAGGAAGCAAUUAUCUCCAAUCCAGAAUUUUAAAUCUAGUAUAGAAACUUCAUCACAUUGGAGCAGCAUAGAGGCCUAGAGUAGGGCUUUUCAACCUUUUCACCCAUUGUACCACUUUUAGAAUAUGGCAACAUCCAAGUACCACCAGUUGCCUAGCAAGGUGUGAAAAACUUGAUGACCCCCCC